AUGAAGUUCAUCACAGCAAGCCUUGCCACCGCUAUGCUGGCGACGGGUGCUUUCGCAGCUCCACGGCCUGGCUUGGUUGAACGUUUGCAGGCACGCGGCGUGUUGUCGCGCCAGUCCACACCUGCUGAAAAGAACGGCAUCCUACUCAAGGAUGGCGACGACUCCACAAACGUCCAGUACAGCAAGAACUGGGCCGGUAUCGUGCGUGAGAAACCUCCUGCUAGCGCCACUUAUACUGCUGUCUCGGCAACUUUCACGGUCCCCAAUCCCAUGGCAACCGAUAACUCGGGCAACAUGCAAGCCGUGUCCGCCUGGGUUGGUAUUGAUGGUGAUACCUAUACCAACGCCAUCUUGCAGACUGGUAUUGACGCCUACACCCAGAAUGGUGACCAGAGCUUCGAUGCGUGGUAUGAGUGGUACCCCGACAGUGCAGUGAACUUUGAUAUCGACCUCUCCGAAGGCGAUGUGAUCGUCGCUAAGGUGGAGUCUUUCUCGCCGAGCAAGGGCGUUGCUAUAAUCGAGAACCAGUCUAAUGGACAGACGGUAACGCAGAGUCUGGAUGCUCCUUCUCCCUCUGCCACACUUGGUGGUCAAAAUGCCGAGUGGAUUGUAGAGGACUUCAACUCUGGUUCCGACAUGGUACCACUUGCCAACUUUGGCAAUGUGAACUUCAUUGGGGUGCAAGCCAAGGCCGGUGGUCAGGCCUAUGGUGUCAAGGAUGGCGAGGUCUUGGAUAUUCAGCAAAAUGGCAAGUUGCUCGCAAAGGUCAAUGUUGAAAGUGACACUGCGUUCACUGUGUCCUACCAGGGAUAA